CUCCUCCGCCCUUCCCACCUCCUUACAGUCUUUCCUUCCAUUCGUCUCCGCACCACCCCCAGGGUUCUUUCUGAUUGGAACCUCGCGUUAACGGAUACCAUGGCGAUCACCGAUGAUUUCGAAGUGAUCAUUCACUCGAACGGAAAACGGGCAACCGAAUAUGACGACGACGACAAUGCUGAGACCAACGCCACUACUCAUCCGCCAAAAUCCAAUCACAUCGUCAAAUACAUAGAAGCGGUUCCUGGUGAAUUCUUCGAGUUUCACUACCGUAUAAGACAUCCUCGUCGUACUCUCAAAAACAAUGGAAUCAGUUUCGAUUUCUACGUUAACGGAGAUUAUGUUAAAGGUUAUGUCCGAGAGUUAUCCGAUUAGGAAACGGCUGGUCUCAUGUCUACAGUCACUGGCGUUAAUUACCUGGAGAAUGGACGGCAUUUUUUGGGACGAUUUCAGUUUUCUGCCCUCACACUAAGUAAAUACUCACUCAAAUGCAUC